UUUCCUUAAAGAAUUCAAUAUCUCCCUGUUAUUUAUAUCCCAUGAAGGUUGUACAGACCACAGGGCAUACUUAAUUAUAUAGUUUGUUCGUUCACACUCUUUUCUCUUGGACCAUCCAUUAUAUUUCUCCAUCUUAGGGAGUUAGGACCAUUUCUUGUCCAGGGCCAAAUCAUGGGUGAGAGGCUGCGCCUGGCAGUUGGGAUCAUGGGCAAUGCAUCUUCUUUGUUGCUCUAUGCAGCACCCAUAUUGACAUUUUCCAGGGUUAUAAGGAAAAGAAGCACUGAGGAUUUCUCAUGCAUUCCUUAUAUCGGUGCACUGCUAAACUGCCUCCUUUAUACUUGGUAUGGAUUGCCUGUUGUGAGUUACAAGUGGGAAAAUUUCCCUGUGGUUACCAUCAACGGUUUAGGGAUCAUAUUAGAGUUAUCUUUCAUCUUCAUAUAUUUUUGGUUUGCUUCAACCAGAGGAAAGAUUAAGGUUGGUGUUGUAACGACACCCGUUAUCCUAGUAUCUUGUAUCACUGCAAUCAUUUCAGCUUUUGUAUUCCAUGAUCAUCAUCAUCGCAAAGCUUUCGUUGGAACUGUUGGGCUGGUGGCCUCUGUGGCAAUGUAUUGUGCCCCACUUGUGGCUGUGAAACAAGUAAUACUGACAAAGAGUGUUGAAUUCAUGCCAUUCUACUUGUCCCUUUUCUCGUUCCUCGCUAGUGUACUUUGGCUGGCUUACGGACUACUGAGUCAUGAUCUCCUGCUUGCGUCCCCAAAUCUGGUUGGUUGCCCCAUAGGCGUCCUGCAACUUGUACUACACUGCAAAUAUAGAAAAAGAGGCAUUAUGGAAGAACCAAGCAAAUGGGAUUUAGAGCAGAAUAGUCAGGAGAAACCCAAACAGAUGCAGCUCGUGAUGAACGAAAAUAUCAAUGAAAAGGAGCUGAAGAAUACGGCUUAAGGGGAAGCAACAAAAAUUAUCCUUUGAAGUAGCAGUAUCAGCAUCUUAAGUUGUCAAAAAGGGGGCUUUGGUUGUGGGAUAGUUGUCGCAUAUCGAUAUCAUUAAAAGAAUAAAAGAAUUUUAUUA